AUGAAGUCGAUUCCCUUCUUUCCCGUGGCGGCGUUGCUGCUCGUGGCGCAGAUGAUCCUCCUGGUCAAUGGUAUUCCCAACUGUCCAUACCCGGGUCCGGCAUUCCCAAAGCCGACAGCACUUGCCUCUUCCGAUAUAAUUAAAACAGUGAUCGCAAACCUGACGGCGACCUUUGACGCGCGGGGCAUGGACCCGAGCACGAACCCAAAUGGCACGUCGUGGUCGAUUCAAGUGUUCUCUGCGUCCGAUCCAGAUGAAGACAAGCCCGUAUGGAGCCAUUAUCACACAGCGACGGAUCUGCUGGCAGCUGACACUCCCGGUGUGAAAAGUGUCGACGGAAAUACCGUGUACCGAAUUGGUAGUGUUACAAAAAUAUUUACUAUCCUAACGUUCCUGAUCGAGGCCGGAGACACAUAUUGGAACACACCCGUGACGCAAUGGGUCCCAGAGCUCAAGUUGCUAGCCGGAAAGGCGCAAUACGACCCUAUUAUGAAUGUUGAUUGGGAUAGCAUUACGCUGCAGGAUCUGGCGAGCCAUAUGGCGGGCAUCGUUAGAGAUUAUGCCAUAGAGGGGGAACUGACGCAAGAGCAUAACCAAACCGUUCUGCAGUCCCAGGGAUUCCCACCAGCGCCUAGGAACGAAACACCAGUAUGCGGGGAGGCUAUAAAGUGUAAUCGUGCCCAAUUUUUCUCUGGAUUAGCCAGCGUCCCUCCGUCUUUUUCGCCAUCAUGGACAGCAGGAUAUUCGAAUGCGGGAUAUCAAAUAUUAUCUUACGCUCUCGAAGCCAUCACGAAUAAGCGAUACGCGGCGAUGCUCCAGACCGACGUUAUCAACAAGCUCCAGCUCAAGAACACUUUCUACCAGAAACCUAACGACAAGCUCGGCGUCAUCCCCCAAGGCCAAGAAGCCAUGUGGGCGUUUAGUAUCGGCGAGGCGAGCCCGUAUGUUUCUCCUGGUCCUAUUUUCAUCCUCCUUAUUGAUGAUACUAUACUAAUGCUGAAGCGAAGAACUGGGAAUAUGUACUCCUCGGUAGGCGACCUGUCGCGUCUCGGUCGAGCUAUCUUUCGGCAUACGCUCUUACCGCCGGCGCAAACGCGGCGGUGGCUCAAGCCUACGGCGCUCACAGCUGACAUCCACGAGGGGAUUAGUUCGCCUUGGGGUAUCCGGCGCAUCCCGCUAAACGACGGCAGCCGAGUGGUCGACGCGUACAGCAAGGCCGGUAGCAUCAACGUGUACAUGUCGCUGCUGGUGCUACUGCCCGACUACGACGUCGGCAUCACAGCGCUUCUAGCGGGCGGUUGGCCUGGAAACUCCAACUGGGACAUCGCGGACGCGAUCGGUGAGGUCCUUCUCCCCGCACUGGAGGAGACCGCGCGCGAACAGGCAGACGCUUCCUACGCGGGCACAUACACAGCGGAUGACGGCUUAAAUAGCAGUUUGGUGCUAAGCACAGACCCGUCGCGCCCGGGCCUCGGAAUCGAGAAGUGGAUCAGCAAUGGCACGGACAUGAUGCCGAUCGCGAUACGGUACACGCUGAAUUACAACGUGACGGGGCCUGCGAUCCGGCUCUACCCCGCGGGGAUAGAAACACAACCUCAAGGACCAGAAGGGACUAGGAGGAUAGCGUUCAAGGCUGUGGUUGAAAACCUCGAUAUCACGGACCAUACCGGCGAUAUGUUCUCAACGAAUUGCGGUACGUGGGUUGGCCAGACGACGGCCGUGUAUGCCGACAUGCCGCUCGAUCAGUUUGUGUUUACCGUGUCGAGCGAUGGUAGGGCGGUUAGUGUUGUGCCGUUGGCGCUGAGGACGAGCCUAAAUAAGAAUUGA